AUGGCCUAUAAUCAACAACACGGUGCGGCAGUGCCCCAGUACACCCCAGAAGAGAUUGCCUACUGGGCGUCAAUGGGCUAUGUCAUGGACCCAUCCUACGUUGCACCUGCUCCUGCUGUCCCUACUUACCCUCAAUACCCACAACAACAACAACAACACCAACAACAACAACAAUACCAACCAUACGGAGUCACUGGGCCAUCGAUAGUAGGAGGAGUAGGUCGUGGGGGCUAUGCAGCAGGAGGAGGGCGACACGGCGGAGGGGGCGGAGCAGGGCCAGGAGCAGGAGGCUAUCAUGGUCACAAUGGAUCAAGAGGUCCAGUGGCAGGACCUGGAUUUAAUAGCAGCUAUAACCAACCCUACGGUAUCCCAGGAGCUGUCGAAGAGCCGCCGGUCUCGGAAUACGAGGAUCUCAACAAGCUUUUUGUCGACCCCAAGAAGGCCCAGGAAGAGGCCGAGGCUGUUGCUGCUGCUCUUGCUGAGGAGGAAGACAAAGCUGCCAAGGCCAAGGCUGCCGCUACCGUCAUCCGCAAAGCAGCCGGCAAGACCUGGGAGGACUCUACCCUUCUUGAGUUUGAAGAAAAUGACUUUCGGUUGUUUGCUGGAGAUUUAGGAAACGAGGUGACGGACGAGAUACUGACAAAGACCUUUUCCAAAUACCCGUCGUUUUUGAUGGCCAAGGUCGUCCGGGACAAGCGCACCGACAAGAGCCGCGGCUAUGGCUUUAUUAGUUUCGCAGAACCCGAUGGCUUUGCCCGCGCCUGGAAAGAAAUGAACGGAAAAUAUGUUGGAAACCGCCCGAUCAAGUUGAGGAAAAGUCAAUGGAAGGAUCGCACUGUGGAGAUUGUCAGGGAACCAAAGGCUCCUCGUGGUCCCUAUGAUCCCGAAGCCUUUACUAAGAAGGAACGUGCCAAGCCAUACAAGGUCAAGAAACUGAACAAUGCUGGAAAGUAA